AAAUAAGUUGGAAAAGGUCUCCUACUUGUGAAAAUAUAUUUAGAAUGUUAUGCAUCAGAAGGAGAAAAUGCCACGUUCCAUAGCAAAAUGUUAGUGUAGCAUCGUUAGGCUCCGUUAACAAAAAGCCAGGCAUUUCGUUUCGCCUUCUCGGACAUGACACGAACAAUAUAUAGAAACAGAUCUCACUCCUUAUAAUCUCCAAUACUUUGAAUCUAUAAAAUCUCAGUUCUCCAGAAUUCAUAAAUGGCAAAAUUAAAUUUUUUAAUGAUGAUUGCUAUAGGAUUUAUUUUCACAAUUGCGGAAUCAAUGCGGUUUGAUAUGAAUUCAGGCCAAACCAAAUGCAUAUCGGAGGAUAUAAAGAGCAAUUCAAUGACUGUUGGAAAGUAUAGCGUUGUUAAUCUCAACGAAGGUAAUCCUGUUCCUGAUUCCCAUAAGCUCAUCGUUAAGGUGACAUCGCCAUAUGGGAGCAUUUAUCAUUAUGGGGAUCAUGUCGAUUCGGGUAAUUUUGCAUUUACUGCCGCUGAGGCUGGUGACUACAGUACUUGUUUUUGGGCCAAUGAACACCGGCAAGAAAUCACAGUGACGGUUGAUUUUGAGUGGAAAACUGGCGUUUCUGCUAAGGAUUGGUCUAAAGUUGCUAAGAAAGGACAAAUUGAAAUUAUGGAACUUGAGUUGAAGAAAUUGUAUGACACAGUUACAUCUAUUCAUGAUGAGAUAUUUUAUCUUCGUGAGAGGGAGGAAGAAAUGCAACAACUAAAUAGAUCAACAAACUCCCAAAUGGCUGGCCUUAGUUUCCUUUCACUUGUGGUUUGUUUAUCAGUGGCUGGUUUACAAUUGUGGCACCUGAAGACAUAUUUCGAGAGGAAGAAGCUCCUCUAAUUUUGCUUUGACAGUAUCCAAUGUUCUUCAAACUCUUAAUUGCGCAGUAUUUAAAUGUUUACUAUUCGUAUCCUCAAUUUUACAUUUUCGAGGGCUGUAUGUUACAGACCAAUUUAUCAAUUGGCUAUUAUUGAUAGUGCAGAGCAAUUAAUAUAAGAGAAAAUUUUCCCAUUUUAA